CGUGCGGCAAACACGCAGCUCGCUUUUCAGCCAACUCAACCAGCUCCAGAAUCAGCUUGCCACCAGCUUUUAAACGGCAUCGCAUCAGAAAACAGUUUUCCCAGCAACGCGCGCACUUUUCCUUUUCCCGCUUCGGACCUUCGGACUUCGAAUAUUUUUCGGUCCCGUGUGUUUUUACCGCCCCAUCGCUUCGGCCUCUCUUACUUUGCAUAUUUAUAUUCGCUUAACCAUUCCGUUUCGGUGUCAAAAAGAUAAAUCCAAUACCGGCGAUAAGAACAAGAAGCUGCCUGCCAAACGGAGAGCUUAACGCGGAAUUGUACAGCACAAAAGUGAAUUACAAAUCAAUCGCGAAAGAACUCGGCUGCCAGACGCAACAAAAACCCAUCGAUUCCAUUCCAAAAGUGAGCCGCUAAGGGAGCAAACAGUCCCCGCAUGAGUAACAGCGCCAUGGUGGCCGUGGCCAUCUGCUGCAUCCUCGUCCUGCUGGCCGUCUUCAUUGUGAUCAUCAUAGUCGUUGGCCAGACGAUUGAGGAGCCCAAAUGAGACAUGCUCCAGCUGGGACCAGGCAACUUCCCAGAUGGAUAACAGAGGCCCCCAAAUUGUUAGUUUGCUGGGGCCGCCAGCAAAAAAUCGUUGCCACCUCAUCAGCAUCUGCAGCAUCCGCAAAAUCAUCAAAAUCAAAAUCAGCAUCAUUUCCAACCGGCAGAAAAUUAGCAGAGGAAACCGAAGAGGCAGGAGGAGAAUCAGGAGUGGAGGAAAUGCGUCCCAUCGUCAGUAUCCAUUGGCUGUGAUGUGAAAUUUUUAGAAUUUGUGAAGCAAAAAUCAAUCGAGAAAUCAAGAAAACAAGAAAACACCCAACACAAAAGGAGCUACUCUACAUUUUUGAACAUUCCGCAUCCCGAGGAAACACACACAUCUUCAUGUAGCAUUUCUGUGUGUUAAGUGUUGUUAAUAUAAAUGUAUAUAUUAUAUAGACACACAAUCUAUGAAUACAAACCAAAUAUAUAGAUAUCUAGACAGACUUACGUACUUAUAUAUGGAUAUAUAUGAUAUAUGUGUAACCCAACCGUCGUAACGUUGCGUUCUUUUUUAUAAAAGUGUUGUUAACAAACCGAUUUUUAUUGAUGUUUUAUUGAUGUUGAAUACAACGUAUAUACACAUGCAUACACACACGAAAGUGGAAUAAGUUUACAUUAAAAGUCCAGCGAUGUCAAAAUUGAUGAGCGAUGAAAAACCCAGAAAAAAGAAGGGAAGCAAAGGAAGGAUCAGGACAAUAGGGAUUGAAACUGGAGAGCUCAAUUGUUUAUUAUACCGUAAGAUCAUAUCAAGUCGGAAUGAUGCCAGCAAUUGCACUUGUUAAUUGCACAGUAAAGGAGGCUCAAGGCCCAAAUGGGAUUUAGCAGGAACUGGAGCAUAGAUAUACCUAAUAACAUACGGGAGAUAUGAAUUAUAUAGCGGAGAUAUGCAUUUUAUAUAUCAAACAAAACAACUUUUGGAUAAGUUUUACGUGUACGUGUACCUAGAUGUAGCCAACAUAAGCUGUUAUCAACUAUGGAACUUACUUACUUGAAAUCAAAUGAAAAAUUAUACCUUAAAAACCAAUAAACUGUAAUUUAAUUAAACCCCAACACCCACAACUACUCCAAUUAAAUCAAUUCAACGCAAAACGUACGUGCGCUGUAAACGAUAAUAAUAAAAAAAAAAGAACUUCCACUCA